UUUUGACCGAGUUACUAAUAAGUAGAAGUUAUUCAGUUCUAAGAGUCAAGAGUUGCUUGAUGAGAUUAGACAGGAAAUUGAGGGCGCUUUAGAAUCAAUGCAGUCAGUCAGUAACACUAAUCAAGUGCUUGAUUAUAAAACUGUCCUGAAUGAGCUGAAGGCCAGUAUAGUUAAAAUUGCUCCACUUGACCAAAUGGAAAGUACACAAAAGGAGCUAAAUGUAGCAUUCAACAAAUAUAAGAAGCAGGUUGAGAAAUGUUUCAAUCCUGAUAUAUCCAAAGCUUACAGAAACAUCGACAUGGAUACGCACACUUUAAAUCAAAUAAUUGCCAACCAUUUUUAUCGUCAGGGUCUUUUUUAUGUUGGGGACCAUUUUCUAAGUGCAGUUGAAGAACCUGAAUCUGCUGCAAUUAUGAAAUCUCCAUUCCUGGAAAUGUAUCAAAUACUCCAAGCAUUGAAACUUGCUCAACUGGGAUCUGACAAACUUGCUCAAAGUGGAUCUGACAUUGCAUUGAAACUUCACUUGAUGCAAUUUGUAAAAAUUCUUCAAAAUGGUGGAAGUAGAGAUGAAGCCCUUCACUAAGCAAGUGCUCAUAUUUCUCCUUUUGCUAGCAGCCAUAUUGCUGAUGUCUAGAAGCUUAUGA